AUGGGGGAAGAAACUGUCCCUACAGCGGAACCUCGCGUGACCUUUUCAUCGGGCCGAGUUGGGAGCAGCGGCAGUUCCGAAGCACCAGACCUACGUAUUCUACAUUACAACGAUGUCUAUCAUGUUGACCAAGCCAGUGCAGAGCCAGUGGGAGGUUUGGCGAGAUUCAUAACGCUCUGCAAGGAGUACAAGGAUGGGGAGCAGUAUCAAGGCCAGCCUGGGCUGCUUACCCUGUUCUCGGGUGAUGCCUUCAACCCAAGCUUGGAGAGUAGUGUUACCAAGGGAGCUCAUAUGGUUUCCGUCCUGAAUGCUGUUGGCACAGACGCCAGUUGCGUCGGAAACCACGAUCUGGAUUUUGGAGUCAAGCAGUUUGAGCACCUGGCUGAAAAGUGUGAAUUUCCAUGGCUUCUAGCCAACGUUCUAGAUCCUGCCCUGGGAGAAGAUGUCCCGCUGGGUAACGCUAAGAGGACUCAUAUGCUCACCACCUCCAACGGCAUCAAGGUGGGCCUUAUUGGUCUGGGUGAGAGGGAAUGGCUUGCAACCAUCAACAGUCUUCCGCCAAAUCUCAUCUACAAAUCAGCCACUGCCGUCGCCAAGGAACUCGUCCCAAAGCUGCGAGAGGAAGGCGCUGAGAUUGUCAUCUGUCUGAGCCACAUGAGAGAGCCCAACGACAACAAGUUAGCCGACCAGACGGAUGGCAUCAUUGACAUUAUUCUGGGUGGACAUGACCAUUACUAUGCUCACAGCUUCAGAAAUGGAACUCAUGUCCUGCGCUCUGGAACGGACUUCAAGCAGCUCAGCUACAUCGAGGCGCGACGAAAGCAGGACAAUCCGAAGCGAUGGGAUUUCGACAUUUGGAGAAGAGACAUUACGUCCGAGGUACCCGAGGAUGAGCCCACGGCCAAACUAGUGAACAGCUUGACGUCUAAGCUACAAAAGUCACUUGCCAGGCCCGUUGGAUGGACAGCCAUGCCGCUCGAUGCUCGGUUCAUCACCGCUCGCUUAAAGGAGUCCAACAUGGGCAACUUUGUGUGUGACAUUAUGCGUUCCUAUCAUAACGCUGAUUGUGCCAUUAUGGCUGGUGGUACGAUUCGUGGUGAUCAGAUUUAUCCUCCUGGAGCAAUUCGCAUCAAGGACAUCACUUCUUGCUUUCCCUUUGAAGAUCCUGUUGUUUUACUAAAGGCUAAAGGGCAGGCGAUCUGGGAUGCGCUAGAAAACGGCGUUUCAUUGUAUCCUGCCUUGGAAGGGAGAUUCCCCCAAGUUUCCGGCAUUGAGUAUGAGUUUGAUCCAUCGAAGCCGUCUGGCCAGAGGAUCUUGUCCGUCAAGAUUAACGGCAAGACUUAUGAGCCAGAGAAGUUUCUGCUCGUCAAGUCGGAGGGCGGAGAGGUAGAGGAGAUUGUCGACGAAGAGAGCGGUAUCCUCCUUUCUGCUAUGCUCCGCCAGUACUUUAUGGCCCUCCGAACAGUCGGCCAGUGGAAGAAACUGUCUGACAACUGGAACCAUAUCGUAAAGGAUUGUGGUCACACUCAGUUACCAUCCGAAGUGUUCAAGGGUGAAAGCCAAGUGGGCCGGCUUGGCCUCCACGAGCAUAAAGAAAACGGGGAUAAGGACCCCUGGCGCAAGUUCUUGCGAUCAAGGCUAGGCUACAGCAAGAAGCCUCAUGACGAAGACGAUGACGCCCAUUUUGAAGCUGGUACAGAGAGCGAUCACUCGGGAAGCGAUUCGGAUAGCCAGCUUGACCUUGAGAUAUUGUUGAUGAGAAAGUUUUGGGGCCGCUGGGCUCAUAAGGCAGGUGUUAAGGGUUGUGUUUGCGACUCCCUGAAAGAGGCCGAGUGUGCCGUGGACUGGACGAGAGUGAUAGCACCCGUGCUCGAAGGACGUAUCAAGAUUGUCGGAUCAUAA